CAUCGUUAACGUACACACCGUCUGUCAGCUGUCUCACAAGCUCGGCGAAACCUGCCAAUACCUGAAAACGUAACUGAAAACAUGAAUAACUCUUCGUUUUGAGCUCCCCUGUUCAACUGCGCUACGCCUGGGGCGAAACAGGGGGGGAAAUAAAUAAAAAAUAAAAGUGACGACGUUCAGCGUGGGAGUGUCACAGCCCGAAUCCCCGCUCCUCGCCGUGUUGUUGCUGUUAGCAUAACUAGCACGUCUGCUGAGCCGUUUUGGUCGCCUCUCGCCUCUCGAAAGCUCCACCGGCUGCUAACAGAAGCCUCGGUUCGAUAUGUUAUUUGUGGACUUAAUGUAGAACCAAAGAAAGCGAAGACCCCCAGUGGAAGGUUAGUGAAGCCUCACAAAUGCUAUCUGCGCCUCCGCUUUGAUAGCGAAGACGACGAGCCGUGCCGUGCUAGCCCUGAGUCGGUACAUAAAGACUAAUGACACAUGCCUGUCCUGCUGCUCACUUACUCAGUCAUGCUCGUCGCUUGCUUUAGUCUAAAGCUUAGCCUUUGAGCGAAUUAAGCGCUGGGCCGGCGAAGUUCUCGUGGAGGCAUUAAUGCUGUCGACAGUCACCCCUGACCUGUCUCCAGAGAGCCCUCUACUCGGCACCCUCCCACUCCCACCGGCUCGCUCCCGCGCGGCUGGCCCCAGCGGAGCCGGCGCCGCCCCACCACAUCCGGCUCCGCUCGUGCGGUCCCACCGCAAACGAAGCGGAGAGGCCGGCUGCGCCAGCCCCCCGGCCCACGGCGCCAUGGAGGUGGGUAUGCGAGUGGUGCGCGGCUUCGACUGGAAGUGGGGCAACCAAGAUGAUGGCGAGGGCCAUGUGGGCACUGUGGUGGAGGUGGGGCGCCAGGGAAGCACCACCACACCUGACAAGACUGUGGUGGUGCAGUGGGACAGCGGCACGCGCACAAACUACCGCACAGGCUACCAGGGCGCGUAUGACCUGCUGCUCUAUGACAACGCACAGAUUGGUGUCCGCCACUCAAACAUCAUCUGUGACAGCUGUAAGAAGCAUGGCAUAAUGGGAAUGCGUUGGAAAUGUAAGGUGUGUUUUGACUACGACCUGUGUACGCACUGCUACAUGAACAACAAACACGACCUCUCGCAUGCCUUUGAGCGCUACGAGACUGCACACUCGCAGCCGGUGAGCUUGACUCCACGGCAGAACCUCUCACGGAUCAUUCUUAAGGGAAUCUUCCAGGGUGUGAAGGUCGUCCGCGGGCCUGACUGGGAUUGGGGCAACCAAGACGGAGGAGAAGGGAAGAUCGGGAAGGUGGUCGAUAUUCGGGGUUGGGACCAGGAGUCGGGACGCAGUGUAGCCAGCGUCACGUGGUCUAAUGGGACUACCAACGUCUACAGAAUGGGUCACAAGGGCAAGGUCGACCUCAAAUAUGUGUCUGAUGGACAAGGAGGCUACUACUACAAGGAGCACCUGCCCAAGCUAGGUGAACAUGCAGAACUGCACAGGCAGGAGAGUGCUGAUGGUCACACAUUCCAGCAAGGUGAUAAGGUCAAAUGUUUGCUGGAGGUGGACAUCCUCAGGCAGAUGCAGGAGGGCCACGGAGGCUGGAACCCUAAAAUGGCAGAGUACAUCUGCAGAAUCGGGACAGUGCACAGGAUAACAGACCGAGGGGAUGUCAGAGUCCAGUACAGUAACAAUAUACGCUGGACUUUCCACCCUGGCGCGCUGACUAAGGUGAAUACAUUCGCAGUAGGCGAGCUGGUGAGGGUUCUGGAUGAUAUUGACAGCGUGAAGAGACUACAAGCCGGCCAUGGAGAGUGGACAGACAGCAUGUCGUCUGCUCUGGGGCAGGUUGGCAAGGUGUUGAAGGUGUACGCGGACGGCGACCUGCGCGUGGCUUUCGGAGGACAAACCUGGACCUUCAACCCCGCCUGCCUGUCCGGCCAGCCUGGUGAGGUGGAUGCAAAUCUGAUGACGGCGGAGAACCCCAGCGAAUCUGGAAGUACAGUCAUUUCAGUCCUGGAGAAGCUGCUGUCUCAGUCCACAGAGCAGGAUAACCCCGGGCGGCUGGUUAUCGAGGCUGCGCACGGCAGCGCUGCCAAAGUCCGCGAGCUGGUGCAGAAACAUCCCGACAAGGUGGACAUAAAGAAUCAGGGAAAGACGGCGCUGCAGGUAGCUGCGCACCAGGGCCAUAUGGAAGUGGUGAAGGUCCUGCUUCAAGCCAACAGCAGCAUCGAAGCCAAGGAUGAGGAUGGAGACGCAGCACUGCACUACACAGCAUUCGGGAACCAGGCAGAGAUAGCACGUCUCCUGCUGAGCAAAGGGGCCAAUGUCAACCUUCUCAACAACUCCAUGUGUACCGCCCUCCACAUUGCGGUCAACAAGGGCUUCACCGACGUGGUGAGGGUGCUGACCGAGCAUUCGGCUGACGUUAACCUGCAGGAUUCGUACGGGGACACGCCUUUGCAUGAUGCCAUCGCUAAGGACUUUAGGAGCAUCAUUGAAAUCCUCACUGUGGUGCCCAACAUCGAUUUCACCCAGCAGAACAACCGUGGCUUCAACCUGCUGCACCAUGCUGCUUUGAAGGGCAACAAACUGGCGACGGAGAUGAUCCUGUCUCGUGCCCGGCAGCUUGCUGACGUUAAGAAGGAGGAUGGCUUUUCCGCUCUUCACCUGGCUGCCCUCAACAACCACCGCGAUGUGGCCGAGAUCCUUAUCAAAGAAGGCCGCUGCGACGUCAACAUCCGCAACAACCGCAACCAGACGCCACUGCAGCUGGCGGUGACGCAGGGCCACGUGGCGUUGGUGGCUCUGCUGGUGGCGGAGGGAGCUGAUGUGAAUGCUGAGGAUGAGGAGGGAGACACGGCGAUGCAUACGGCACUCAGUCGCCAACAACUCACCACCACCCUCAGCACCAGCGAGAGAGAGACAUCAGCACUCUACAGUCGGCUGAGCAGUUCAGGGUUGUUGGGGAACACUGAGCUGAAUGUUGGAGCCUCUAUUGCCUGCUUCCUGGCUCAAGAGGGCGCAGACAUAAACUACGCUAACCAUAAAGGCAAGAGUCCUCUGGACCUGGUGACGGACAGCACGGUCCUGCAGCUCAUCAGGAGCUUCUCAGAGAAACACCGGCUUCAGCAGCUGCAGGCUAUCACAUGUGGAACGAGCAGUAGCAGCAGUCUGCGUCGGGUUCACACCACACCCAACACCAUGACCAACCUGGCCAUGCCCUGUGCUCCAGGCCCCAGCGAGUGCCUCAUCUGCUCCGAGCUUGCCCUGCUCGUGCUCUUCUCCCCAUGCCAGCACAGCGUUGCCUGCGAAGAGUGUGCUCACAGAAUGAAGAAAUGUAUCAAAUGCCAGGUCACAAUCACCAAGAAAAUCCGACAAGACCAAACGGAGGUGGAGUGUAGUCCGAACUCAGACAACUCGGAGCAGCACAACCUGUUGGAGCAGCUGCAGUCGCGCUACCGGCAGAUGGAGGAGCGCAUCACCUGCCCCAUCUGCAUCGACAACCAGAUCAAGCUGGUCUUCCAGUGCGGCCACGCCUCCUGCAUCGACUGCAGCGCUGCCCUGAAAACUUGCCCCAUCUGCCGCCAGACCAUCCGCGAGAGGAUACAGCUCUUCGUCUGAGACAUAAACUCACCUACACACACACACUGAGUCCUUGGGCACCUGCUGCCCCAAGUGUGUGUGUGUGUGUGUUUUCCCCCUGGGCUGCUGGAGAUGUUGCGGCUGUCAGUGCUUGCUAUUAGAUGGGGAAGCUGGGGGGAGGGUCUGCUGUGAUUAGCCAAUCAGCUGUUUUUGUGCUUCUUCAGCCUGACCUGUCCAUCAUCGCCGUCAAGAUGGAUUCGGAAAAGCCAAGCUCACGUUUGCUCGACAUUCGGUCAUGUUGAAGAGGAUAAUUCACACCCAUGCUGUGGAGGGAGAUUUUUGCAGAUGAUUGUGGAUGGUGAGCCAGUGACUGUGUGUUGGUGUGGAAGCUUUUGCUUAUUGGUUCAUCAGCUUGAUGCAGUCAAUGAGAAUACGGAGCCACUUCAGCACACAAACUCACUCACAGUCGGCACACACAGGGCUCUCCGUCACAGCUCACCAACCACAAAUGAAAUGAAUCAUUAUCCUCGCGACUUCCCGCUCCUCAGAGACAACCCAUUAAUCCUUAGAACUGCUUUCUGUAAGAUUUACUCCUUAUUUUCUAUUUAAUUAGUUGCUGACUCACCCCCAUCUGUCUGACAGUAUUUGGCGCUAAACUAGCUCCUAGAUGUUUACAGACUGCAAUAUUCUCUGUGAAAACCACAGAGGAUGGAGAUAUUGUUUUGCACGUAAGCGUCAGCGUUUUAAAUCUUACAGACUGCAGCUUUAAGCCUAGUUAUACUGUGAUGCUUGUUUGAGGGUGAUGGUAUACUCCUCCCUCUAGACCCCCCAAAGGCUUUCCACAAGCAAGGGAUAUACAAUGCAUGCUGAUAUGCAUAUUAUUUAUACGAUAUAUUGUGACAUGGAUUACAUUUGUGGUGUUAUAAGGCAAUCAGUCU